UUGGUUGUUGUUGAAUGUGAGAAAGAAGUAUGUUUAGAGAAGCCAAAAGGGCGGGAGCGGCCAUAGAUAUAUAUCUACUACGACUGACCCAGACACCAUCUCCACUAGGGAGUACCGGUCCACUUGGUUUUCAGAUUUCGGCAGCUAGACACGCUAGCAUGCUGCCUUGAUACUCGGUCCCGGGGCGGCUAUGGUCUGAUGUGUUUUUUUCUUUCCUGGAUACCUGGUCGAUGCAUCUAUCUGUGCAGCAUGCAACCGGAGGAACGGAAUUAUCGACUAAAUCCGACCGUAUUGGACCGAUUCUGGCGUUUUCUGUCUCUUCGACCCUGCCAGGACGCGGUGGGCGUGAAUUCUAUGCGAGUCUUUUCGGAUCGUCGGGAAGAUACCAUGAUCGACACUUGCAGGCCAAUGGCCGAAGCCGAAGUGUAAAGGGUAGAGGCAGCAGUGGGCACUACGUUUUAACUUUAGUCAUGCAACCUUCCAGAACGCGGGACGUGGCAAACAGGCUCUUGAAAGGCAAUAGCGCUGGCCCAAUGUUGGUACAGUCAUGAUAUCAACCCACAAAAAACAAACAAUUGGGUUUGGGCAAAUGACACGGAUAGCUGGACUUGGCUUUGUUGAACAUGC